AUGCACAGACGUGAUUCACAUUUUGGUCAUUAUAUCAGAUAUCUCAAACGCCAUAUUUACUCCACCCAACAAUGCAUCGAAGUUUCAGACGUGCAAUCGCGGGAGAUGUGGGCGAGAUUACCCGGCUCUGUCUGCCGCGGCCCGCGUCUGGUGAUUAUGGGUGGUUGGCAACAGGAGCCGAGAUGGGGUCCUAAGCUGGCCACCGAAGCGGCUUCCAAAUCGGCUCCAAAUUGGGUUUAA